AAUUAUCCACAUACACAUACAUGAACUAUUUAUUAUAUAGACCCGCAGACACACAAAACCAGGUUGUGUGAAUUUAAAUAAACGUAUCGUACAAAAUUUGUGGAAGGUGUCGUUUCAAUUUCUGUGGAAUUUAAAUUUCCGUUUUUAAAAUUGCAAAUAAUGUUUCCAAAUUUUUGCUUCACACAAUGUGCCAAAGAUCAAGGCUAUCAUGUGGUUAAGCGAACCUACGUGCCAAAAGACUCUAACAAAGCAAGUGACAAUAGUACAGGAAUAGAGUCUAGGAAUGGCUAUAUGCUUCGCCCAUCACAUCCGAGUUCUGAGACGCUGGACACAUUCCGCGAUCAAAAUGGCAAACGUCUCAAACGCGUAGUGCGUAGGAUUCAUAAAGAGAACCCUGUUUCAGCGCGACGAACUGGUCAAGAGACAAUGAAAAAGGAGGCUACCCGCAGCGUUAACUUUUUUGUAUCGCCCUUGGACUGUCAAGAACUGCAGCACCAGCAGCAUCGAGCAGCGUCCGGAGCUGAGGAGCCUAGACGCAGGAACUCCGGCCAAACGGGGGCAGAAAACAAGCAUCAGCCAGUUGGUCCACCAAAGGAUCCCAAUCAAGAGCUUCAAGAGUCCUGUGCAGACUUUUUCAAUAUCGUGCACGACAAUGUGCUGGAGGCAGUGCAAGGUGCCGUAGAACGCAUGGUAUUCAAGUAUUUUGAGGACACAAUGACUAAAGUGGACCGAUUGGCCGCACAGCUAAGCCACAACGAGAAGCUGCUGACUGAAAUGUACCGCGAUUUGAUAAGCAAAAUAGCCGACCAAAACGAAACCAGCAUCAAUCAGUUCAAGUUCGUCGCCCAAAUGCUUAUCGACAGCCAAACAAUCCACUAUCGUGCCCUACAGUCCCAACACCAGCGUUAUAAGCGCACCAAGAGCGAGGAGAGCAACGAUAGCGAUAGCGUCUAUCGCGAGCAGGAAAGCAAUGCUGGCGAUGGCCAGAUAAUUCAAAUCCACAAAGCGAAGCAACAUCAGCUAAAACAGCAGCAGCAACCCAACGUCUACUCAGCACAGAUGUGCCAGAAAUGUUCUCCCCCAGGAUCAUCUAGAGAGCGUCGAUUGCCCUCCAAGCCCACAACUAUCCGACGUCUUCCCAAAAACAAUGGCUCCGCCAGUCUACCCAACUUGCAGCGCCGCAUUUCCUGCCCUACCGUGCAAGCUACAGGCUCGGCCAAGCUCAACCAGCGCUCGCCAACUAGGCAAGCCGGCUCCCGGCAUCCGAGCACACAUCGCUUCUACUCACAACCCUCCCAGAUGCAAACCAACAUUCAGGCGCGAUCGGGCCAGUCCCAACCAGUAUCCCGCAGCUCCUCGGCUGUUCGGCGCAAACUGCGCUGCCGCCAUGCAAUGUCCGGACCAAGUGCAGAAGAUAUGGCAGUUCAAAACUGACUUUUAUAUUUUAAUUAUUUAAACUCAGAUAGAUUAGUGCGGCCUAAGCGCCCGCAGCCUAUGACUGCCCUCUGUUUUCCCCAUUGAGUAUGCACCUUUAUAGAACACACGGUGCAGCCAAGGCGGCUGGCGCUUCGCUAUUUAGUCCAAAUACGAAAUCCACAAAAUUAUUAAUAAAUAACUUAUUUUUCCAUUAUACAUA